ACCGCGGGCGCCUUUGCCAGUGCAGGCGACUGUCAGCUGAUCGAUGGCGGUCAUGUGACGUGCCGAGGAGGAAAUGCACUCGAGCCACUGCGGGGGAUACUCGGGGCCGGUUGCUUGCUGAGAGCGGCAAAAGAGCAGCGAUGGCCUGGACGAGGUACCAGCUCUGCUUGGCGGCGCUGAUGCUGGUCACCGGCUCCAUCAACACGCUUUCCGCGAAGUGGGCUGACAAGCUGAAGGCACCAGGCUGCCAUGGGACAGAACCACACAAUUUCCAGCAUCCCUUUCUACAGGCAGUGGGCAUGUUUCUGGGGGAAUUUUCCUGCCUGGCUGUCUUCUACCUUCUGCUCUGCACUGACCGGAGGAGGCCAGAACCCACCAUGACACCACCUCAGCCCUUUAACCGAUUGCUUUUCUUGCCUCCAGCACUAUGUGAUAUGACAGGGACUAGCCUCAUGUAUGUGGCUCUGAACAUGACCAGCGCUUCCAGCUUUCAGAUGUUGCGUGGAGCUGUGAUCAUCUUUACUGGUCUGCUGUCAGUAGCUUUCCUGGGGAGGAAGCUGAUACUGAGCCAAUGGCUCGGCAUCCUGAUCACCAUUGUAGGGCUGGUGGUGGUUGGCCUGGCAGAUUUGCUGAGCAGUCAUGAUGAAAGCCACAAACUCAGUGAGAUCAUCACAGGUGACCUUCUCAUCAUUAUGGCCCAAGUUAUUGUGGCCAUUCAGAUGGUGCUGGAGGAGAAGUUUAUCUACAAGCACAAUGUUCACCCUCUGCAGGCUGUUGGCACUGAAGGUUUCUUUGGGUUUGUCAUACUCUCCAUCAUCCUGGUGCCCAUGUACUUCAUACCUGGGGGCAGUUUCAGCGGUAGCCCACGGCAGGUACUGGAAGAUGCUAUAGAUGCCUUCUGCCAGAUUGGCCAUCUGCCACUUAUUGCUGUAGCCCUGCUGGGCAAUAUCAGCAGCAUUGCCUUCUUCAACUUUGCUGGCAUCAGUGUCACGAAAGAGAUCAGCGCCACCACCCGGAUGGUACUCGAUAGCCUGCGCACCAUUGUCAUCUGGGUUGUCAGCCUGGCCAUUGGCUGGGAAGUCUUUCAUGGACUGCAGAUCCUGGGUUUCCUCAUCCUUCUUGUUGGAGCUGCCCUCUAUAAUGAACUGCACCAGCCCCUCCUUGCUCGCCUGCCCUGGGGAAGGCCAACAGCAGGGGUUGCAGCGAGAGAUGCUGAUAGGGAAGGUCUGCUGGCCACAGAGGAGCUUUCCAUUAAUGGAGAUAGUUGAUGGCAAUGGAACUUUUACUUCUGCACCACAACUUUGGACCUUUUAUUGAAUGAAUUGGCCUGUAUUGCUGGGAGAUCGGGCUAAAAACACUCAACUGGUUUCAAGAUCUGCUUUGUAGCUCUGGGGAUGCUUUGCUUAGCUUUAAACAUCUGGAUGGCUCUCCAUUAUUUCAUUCUUCUGCCUUUUACUGAAGGAAGCAGAGAGGGUUUGUUACCUUUUCUCUAGCAACCACAGAGUAGAGAUCUGCUGCUGCUAAGCAGCCCUCAAGUGGUUAUUGGCUCGCUCCUGGGGUUGCUUGGAAGCCAUCAAAAGCCUUGCUCUAUCUUUCUCCUUCAGCAUGUUGGGAUGUGGACAGUGGACGUAACUGGAAAGAUUUCCUGGAAACCUUAUAGUUCCUAAGCUGUACCAUCUGUCUUGUGGGUACCUCUCACUUUAUUGUUUAUCUUCUGUUAAAGUAACAACACAAAGCAAUUGGAGGAGAUUUUUUAAGUAAGAGCUGCUCUAGUGAGGUCUAAUGAAAUGCUUUCUGUUUCCCUUUUGUCACGUGAGAAGUUUACUGCUGACCUGGGUCAAAGCUGGCUGUUGAGUAGUAAGAUAGGAACUGCUUUAUUGAGCAGCCUCAGGUCAAGGGCAUGGCAUGCAAGAGUUUGUAGUCUGGAAUUAGAGUGCAGCAAGUUUUGCCCUACGAUACCUAGGAUCUGGGAUUUAAUAAAGCUGUUCUGGCUACUAAAGAGAAUAGCUGGUCCUGGAUCAUGGAGUUACACAGUUUGGAAGAAGGGAGCAUGAGUUACUUACACGUGCUAUUUUUUUUUUAUUUUAUUUUUGCUAUUUAUACUGAAAAGGCCUAGAGUUUAAAGACCAAGUGCCAAGGUUUUUGUUUUGUUUUUUCUGAAACAGGCCGGCAGUUGGCACAGUUGAUGUACUCCUUUGAUGUUUGUUUACUUAUGCACCCAUGUCUGAGCAGCAAUAAGGAAAUAGGGACUUUUGGGGAAAUAGUGACUCAUUUCCAGACUAUUGCUAUUUUCAAAGAUGCUAUUUGGCUGCCAUCUAAAAGAAAGCCCAUGGUAGAACAGACAUCCUGAUAAGCUGUGGCCUGUUGAUGGGUUUUAAUGGUGCACAGAAGGUGCCUUCUUUUGAAAGAGAUCAAUUGUCCAGGUAUCAGCAACCCCUUAAGUGCUGAGCAGAUCUUGCCCAUGUGUCCUUGGUAGCUGAUGACACUAUCAGGUAACACUCAGUUGGGGCAGGGAAUGGAGGUAACAGUUGGGUUUCUCCUGGUUGGGAGAUACUAACAAGAAUGCAGUUUUGUAAUCAAUAAAAUACUUUCUGAUUUGAAGUC